UCGAAACGUAAAUGUUUUGAUGCUAGUUCAACAAAGGAAAGGGGGAUACUAUGAAUUUAGGCACAUCAAAUCCUCACGGGAACGGCCUUCUGUAUGCAGGAUGGAACCAAGAUCAAGGCUGUUUUGCAUGUGGGAUGGAAAACGGAUUUCGUGUUUACAAUGCAGAUCCACUGAAAGAAAAAGAAAGACAAGAUUUCCCAGAUGGAGGCAUUGGUCAUGUUGAAAUGUUAUUUCGUUGCAAUUACUUGGCAUUAGUUGGAGGUGGGAAAAAACCCAAAUAUCCCCCUAACAAAGUUAUGGUUUGGGAUGACCUGAAGAAAAAACAUGUGAUAGAGUUAGAAUUUUCCUCAGAAGUCAGAAGUGUCAGAUUGAGGAGGGAUCGAAUCGUAGCUGUUUUAGAUGCAAUAAUCAAAGUUUAUACAUUUACACAAAAUCCACAACAGCUUCAUGUCUUUGAAACUUGCCAAAACACAAAAGGUCUGUGCGAGUUGUGUCCAAAUGGCAACAACUCCCUGCUGGCUUACCCUGGUAGGAAGACAGGUCAUGUUCAGCUGGUAGACCUAGCAAACACAGAAAAGUCCCCUGUAGAUAUCCCCGCCCACGAGGCCCAGCUUAGCUGUAUAGCCCUUAAUCUGCAGGGGACACGGCUAGCUACAUCAUCAGAAAAGGGUACAUUGAUAAGAGUGUUUGACACAUCAACAGCGACACAGCUACAUGAGUUAAGAAGAGGGGCUAACCAUGCCAAUAUAUACUGCAUCAACUUUAAUCAGGAUUCCACGUUGUUGUGUGUCUCUAGUGACCAUGGUACGGUGCAUAUAUUUUCAACAGAAGAUCCAAAAAGAAACAAACAGUCCAGCUUAGCUUCAGCCAGUUUUCUACCCAAGUAUUUUAGCUCAAAGUGGAGUUUCUCCAAGUUCCAGGUUCCAGGGGGGUCACAUUGUGUUUGUGCCUUUGGGUCUGAUCCAAAUGCUGUCAUAGUGAUCUGCGCGGAUGGGAGUUACUACAAGUUUGUCUUCAACAGCAAAGGCGAGUGUACGCGAGAUGUUUAUGCUCAGUUCUUGGAAAUGACAGAUGAUAAAGCGUAGUGUGAUAUCAGCUUUUUCUAUGGUGCUUUUGAACGAUUACCCUUGUCCAUACUCGCAUUUCAGACUGAACGCUCAAAUAAGAUAACUUAGUAUCCAGUAAAUAGACUAAUGGCAAAUGUGGCAAGUAAGGGGAGGUAACUUUGGUGAUAUUGACAAUUGGGCUAUGAAGCUCAGCUAUGUGCAGGAAGUUUAGCAGAUUUGAGAGAAACGUUCUAGGAUAUUGUGGAUGCAGAGUAAUUGUUAUCUUACAUUAAUGCCGUCAUUCCAUUGUUUGAGUGGCUUUCAUUUGUUAUAAUUCAUCCUGUAAAUCACCCACUGCCUAUUUAUAUUACCUGUAUUUAGUUUAUUCUGAAAUUUUAUCUUAAAAGAGUCAGCAUGUUAAUCUCAGUGGACUAUGUGAAUGAUAAGUCUUGAGUAUGAAAUGUGAUCAAGAAAGUUGUAUACACAUGUAUGUCAUUGUACAUUUAUAUAUCUUACCUUGUCUUCUCUUGAUUGCUUUGUUAGUAUAUUGGCACCAAUGUCCCUCUGAUCACAGAUGAGAAUGUGUAUAAAUGGACUUGAGUUUGGUUUGUCACUGUGGUUGCAUGUGAAGCAACCGUGUAAUCACUAAAAACCUUUAAGGGGGUCUCUGUGGCUUAGGUGGUUAGUGCACUAGCGCAGCAUAAUGACCCAGAAGCCUCUCACCAAUGCGGUCGCUGUGAAUUCAAGUCCAGUUCAUGCUGGCUUCCUCUCCAGCCAUAAGUGGGAAGGCCUGCCAUCAACCUGUGAAUAUCCGUGGGUUUCCCCUGGGCUCUGCCUGGUUUCCUCCCACCAUGAUGCUGGCCGCUGUCGUAAAAGUGAAACAUUCUUGAGUACGACAUAAAACACCAAUCAAGUAAAUAAAUAAAACCUUUAAAACUCUUUGACAGUGCCCAGAGAAUCAUUCAAGAAGCAAUUUUAGAUGAUCCUUGCUUCAAUGGCUGUGCAAAUAAAUUGCAUACAGGUUGUAAAAAUCACUUCAUAUGCAUUUUCUCUCUAGUAUUCUUGCGGCCAAAUAUAUCAGUGAUUUUUAUUUUGUUGCAUUUGAAAAUGUGCCGAGUAUCAUAUAAUAGGUGUUAGUUUGAAUGGUAAGUGGUACAUUCAACAGGUGAAAGAGUAAAAGUUGCCAACUUACUGGUAAAACUUUGGCUUUUUGGUAUCUCACCCACCAGAGACAUCCCUUACCUUGGCUUAUUGUCAUGGGUUGAAUGAUUUGGAUCUAACUAUCAGAUUUGCAUGUUGUUGAAAGGUUUACCAAUAGGAUGUACAAUGUAUCUUUCAUGUAUUGACCAUAUAAUUUCCUUCAACCCAUAGUCAAAGUGUGUCUCACAUGUAUAUUAAGAGUUAAGCUGACUGUAACUUAAGAAUUGAUCAGCAUGAAAAGUUUGUUGUUGUGGUACAUGUAUAUGUAUUCAAUUAUACAGGAGUUCAUGAUUCGAUAUUAUUGCAUACAACGGCUGAUUGAUGUAGACCCUACAUGCAUUUCUUCUUCCCUUUUUGUUUUCUUACUGUAUGUACAGUGUAUCAUAUUGUAUUAUAUUCUUUAAAGCUAUAUUUUAAAUAUUGUUAAUCUUGUAUAAUUAAGUCUACUUUUGGCCUUGUGCAUGGGCAUUAUUAUGCAUGUGACACUGUUUUAUUAUUACUCGUAUGUAGUGCAAGUAUGUCAUGAACCAUCUUCAUAUUGGAAGAAACAAGUGCUGAAUGUGUUUGGGAUACGUCCACAUAUACGUAUACAUGUAUAUCUACACAGCCUGAUACUGUUCAGGUCAGACUGCAUGCUUAAGAGUAUAUGCAUACUUUAGUGUAAGUGAAGAGUGUAAGUAUGGACAAAAAGUUUGCUAGUUACAUUUACUUAUUUCAAAAACAAUAUAUGAAAAGGUUUGUUGUGAACCAGUCAUGUUCUUAAUCCCAUGUUUUCUGUUGACAACUCAUAGACCCCAAUAUGUGGCAAGAUUGUUUUGUUAUUUUGAGUAUGUUAUGGUGUGUGUGGGUGCUGAACUUAGUUUGUUUACUGCUGUAAGGAUAAUUAAUAAAAAAUGAAGCAGAUUUACUGUAAUAAUUAAAAAAUUACGAGUGUGGAAAUGAGUGUGGAAAUUUAACUCCAUCAUUCUCACAGUGUUCUUGUUUCACAAGAUUUUGAACCAGGCAAUCCACAACUGUCAUCAGGUUAGUAUAUACAUGUAUACUGCAUUCAGUUUUAAGUCUUCAAUGAUGUGAGUCAGAAAUCCAAAGCACUGUUUAACUUCUUUUAUGUACUGAACAGAAUUGUCAUAUUAAAGAGGCAAAUGCUUGUAUGAUUUUGUGUAAAAUACACUACUGUUUUAAUGCCAUAUUUUGAAAUACGAUACAUUAAAGGAUUUUUUAAAUAAUUUUCAGACAUUAACAGCUGGAUAUAUUUGAUCUACUUCUGUAUCAAUUUCUCUUUCGGAAGUUUUUUUUUUUUUUUUUGUUCUUUUUUAACGUGCAAAGUAUAUGUUACAAAUUCAUUGUGCUGAACAAGAUUACAUGAAAGCUCUCCAGCAUCUGUCUUUAAGCACCAUGUUUUAGAUGCAAUCUUUUUGUGUCUCAUUUGUUCAUUUUUGUGAUAGGCUGCUCUAUUUGUGUUUAAGUGCUUGUAAAUCUAUGAAUCCAUAUGUAAGAGUCGCAGCACAAAAGCAUAACUCUGUGUGUUUUUACACAGCUUGGUACCAGCUUGAUUUAGCAGGAAGAUUGCCCCAGCAUCUGGAUAUAACUUAAGGGAAAUGAAUGAAACCAUUUAUUUCCAUUAUAUUAUCUUGGUGUGUGCUAACCUACUGCAAGCAGGCAGUGUUGCUUCACAGGUGUUGUUUAUUUUGAUAACUUGCACAACUUAACUUUAGACAAAAUACAUGAAGUUCUGCAUUGCUUUAGCAUAUCCUUCAGCCUGUGUGUAUGCAGUUGGUUGUAUCAUGUGAGGUGGUAUGUAUUCAGUAGGAUUUGAAUGUGAUCUACGCAUCUGACUUGCGUCAGUACAUCCUAGAUGUAUAUUAACUGCUAAUGUAUAGCUGUGUAGAGCACUUAUUGCAAAGCUUGAACAAUUCUUCAAUGCAGAGAACCAUUUUUGAUCAAAAAUAUGUUUACAUUGAACAAGGCUUUAUGUGAUUACUGUAUAAAUUGUUUCAUCUCUUUUCAAAUCAACCAAGGAUUGAUUUUGUUAGGUGCAUGUACAGCCUGUCUGUUAGAAUGCUUAUGAUAUGGGCAGCUUUGUAUCAGAUUCAACACAAAUUUCUCUUGGAACACAUUUGCAAAAAUGAAAUUACUCCAGUUAAA